AUGGUGGUAGGUUGUCGCGUUGGCUCUCAAUGUCCUUUCAGACACGUUCAGAGCAAAGGAAAAGCCCCAUCCACAGAGCAGACGCCUGGCCGGCAGAAGGCCCAAGACAGGGCAGGCUUUUCGGUCGGAGACGAACGGCAGGCUCUCCCACAUCCAGCUAGAUUCCCCGUUACUCGACUAAGUCCGAGCCAGAGGCCUGUCUCGCAGCUCCAGCAGGCCAAUCCACGUGAGUUUCAGCUAGGUCAAGUGCUCAAGAGAUUCGGUCCGACUCGCAGCGAGACUCAAGACGGAACGCUCUUGUCCUUUGCUCUGGCCCCGUCGGAUCCGGAUUUUCCGUUCGAAUUGCAGGGGGGACUACGAUGCAGCCUGACCGUUCCGGCCGGAUACCCGCAACAUGGCAAGCCGACGAUCCGAGUCACGAAUGCUCAGAUGGCACGAGGCUUCCAGAUCAAUGUGGAAAAGGGAUUCGACAGCCUUGUCGCGAGCUCCCCGAAGAAGACACUCUUAGCGCUGUUGAACGACCUGGACAGGAACUUAGAGAAAUUCCUGACGACAGAAAAGGCACAGACAAUCAAGCUCGUCGCUAAUGCGGAUAAGAGACACGAGGCACCCCAGCCGUUACCAGGACCAGCUCGGCAUCGAUCUCCUUCACCGGUAUCCGUAGCGGUGGUGUCCCGGACGUGGACAGCGCACCAGAAGUCUGACGCUCUGGCUAAGAGACAAGCUGAUGUCCGGCAACUCGAGGCUCGCAUGAGCCGGAUGCCCAACUUCUCCAGAUCGCCUGAUGGCACAGCUUUUAACAUUCCCGUACACUUGCCCAAGGCAGCCAGACUUCCUCCCAGCCUUCAGUCCCUGAAAGAGGUAACUUUAUCGGUGCCAAAACUGUACAACCUGGAGCCAUGUACAGUGUCGUUGAAGGGUGUGAGUGGACCGGAAGUGGAGAAAGUCCAACUCGCCUUCAAGAGGCAUGUUCGAGAUAAACGCGACAUGACCCUCAUGGCACAUGUCAACUAUCUAACGCAAAAUAUGCACACGAUGGCUUCGGAAAUGGCAGGCGCUACGGAGCCUCCCGAGACCCAUGACCAAACCAAGCAAGAUGCCCCGGAGGAGACAAAGCCUGAAGCGUCGCUGGAUGAAGGAUCAGAACCACUGCGAGGGAUCUUAGAGGAAGAACGCCCACACGUGAAGUUCAUUCCUUGUCCACCCGAGUGGGAGCGCCACGGUUCAGAGGACGAAACUGACGGGUCUUCCUAUGAUUCAGACGAUUAUUCUGACACUGAAGAUGACGAAGACGAAGGUGAAGAUGAGGAUGAUGACGGAGAAGAUGAACAAGGCGGUGCUUCACUUCCUGCACCAGCAGCAUCGACCUCAACCGACACAGGUAUUCAUCUCUCCUUCCCGCAGCUGGAGCUCCAAAACGUCGAGCUCUUGACCCUCGUCUCCCUGUCACUUUCAGUAAAGUGUCUCCGAUGCAAAACGCUCUCGGAUGUCUCCAAGAUUAAAGCCAGCAGCAAGGCCGACGACGCCGGUUCCAUCGCCUCCAGCACCCGCACGGAAUCCUGCCCAAAAUGUUCAACUUCGUUCACCUUCCUUUACGUGCCCAACACGUUACACGCGAACACGAUCCGCGCCGGCACGAUCGAAGCAACAGGUUGCACCAUCACGGACCUGCUCCCCUCCGUUUUUCAACCGACCUGCUCGUCUUGUUCUACAGCAUUUCCGGUCCCGCCCGGAGUGGUCUCGGUGCGCGGCGACACUCCCAUCCAAGUGUGCCGCUCGUGCCACGCGAAGAUGACGUUCACGAUCCACGAGGUUAAAUUCCUGCGUGUGUCACACGCUGCGGCCGCCAUUCCAGUGCGCCGUCCGAGGAAAGAAAACCUAGGCAUCUCCGCCGGCACCCCUCUCCCCAACAACGGCACUUGUCCCCACUACCGUCAUUCGUACCGCUGGUUUCGCUUCUCGUGCUGUAAUCGUGUGCAUCCGUGUGAUCGGUGCCACGACGCCGCAGAGGCUCAUGUCAAUGAACGCGCCGAAAGGAUGGUGUGCGGGUGGUGUUCUCGCGAGCAGCGCUUCCGGCGUGACGACUGUGGCCUGUGCGGUAGGAGCGUGACCAGGCAGCGGAAGGUCGGUGGGUUCUGGGAAGGAGGCCAGGGCACGAGGGAGAGACGGUUGAUGAGCAGGAACGAGAAGAGGAAAUACAAGCGGCCUAGCGCAAAAGAGGCGGCUGCCGCACAGGGGAAGAAGCACGUCAAGAAGGAAGGAUGA